AUGGGUUUGAACAUGGCAAUAAACCUAAAUGUGCAUGAACUGUUGGUGAUGGGAGAUUCAGAUUUGCUUAUUCGGCAGGCUCAAGGUGAUUGGGAGACUCUGGACAUCAAGCUCAUUCCAUAUAGACAAUGUGUGGAGGAUCUAAGCAAAAGGUUCAAGUCCAUCGAAUUCAGGUACAUUCCCAGGUUUCACAAUGAAUUAGCUGAUGCAUUGGCCACCCUGACCUCAAUGCUUCCAUAUCCGGGUAAAACUCACAUUGAUCCAUUAGAAAUUCAAAUUCGGGAUCAACAUGGUUAUUGCAAUACAGUUGAAGUAGAACUAGAUGGUGAACCAUGGUAUCAUGAUAUUAAACAGUUUCUGAAAACAAGAGAAUAUCCGGAACAUGCUAAUAGGGAUCAAAAGAGAAUUAUUAGGCGACUCUCUAAUAGUUUCUUUUUGAGUGGGGAAAUCCUAUACAAAAGAACUCCGGAUUUGAAUUUGUUGAGAUGUGUGGAUGCCAAAGAAGAUGAAAUGAUUAUGAAUGAGGUGCAUUCGGGAGUUUGUGGUCCGCACAUGAAUGGAUAUGUUCUAGCAAAGGUGGAAGCUAUUACAUUGAAAGCAGUUACCAAGAAAGCAGUAGUAGACUUUGUUCACUCCAACAUCAUCUGUCGUUUCGGUAUUCCAAAAAUUAUUAUCACGGAUAAUGCUGCUAAUUUGAAUAGUCAUCUGAUGAAGGAAGUAUGUGAACAAUUUAAAAUUGAGCAUCGCAAUUCUACUCCUUACUGGCCCAAAGCUAAUGGAGCUGUUGAAGCUGCGAAUAAGAACAUCAAGAAGAUUCUUAGGAAGAUGGUCCAAGGGUCUAGACAAUGGCACGAGAAAUUGCCUUUUGCUCUUUGGGGAUACCGGACAACUAUCCGUACAUUAGUUGGCGCAAUGCCGUACUUAUUGGUUUAUGGCACUGAAGCAGUCAUACCUGCUGAAGUUGAGAUUCCCUCUCUCCGAAGCAUUGUUGAAGCAGGGAUUGAGGACACUGACUAG